AAAUAUAACCCAACAAUCGAAGAUUCAUAUCGAAAACAAACUGUCGUAGAUGGCUUACCUUGUGUUCUAGAAGUAUUGGAUACUGCUGGUCAAGAAGAAUAUGCAAUGUUGCGUAAUCAAUGGAUCAGUGAUGGAGAAGGCUUUCUAAUUAUUUAUUCCGUAUCUUCAAGAUCUACAUUUGAGAGAAUAGAACAAUUUUAUGAAAGCAUUUUAUAUUUCAAGAAUUAUGUGCCACCAAUUAUACUUAUUGGUAAUAAAUGUGACAAACAUGCUGAACGUGAAGUUUCUAGAGAAGAAGGAAUGAAUAUGGCGAAAAAGCUUAAAUGCGAUUUUAUAGAAGCUUCUGCCAAAACAUGC